ACUGAUGCAUUGCAUUCAAUACCAUUUUAUAGGAAAAUCAAUGAGUGUUUUUCACACGGAGUGAAGUGAUUAGUUCGAUCAACAAUAUUCUUAAUCAGUAACACCAAGGAUCACAUUCCAGGAUACAAGAUGGAACAGUGUAAGAGGAUUUUUCAAGCAUUCGGACGAAGAAAGAAUGUCGAUCCAAAGAAUCUGUUGGUCAGUCGUUUUAGAAGAAAUUUAAAUACCUUCGACCUUAUUGGAAUAGGUAUGGGAGGUUCAUUGGGAAUUGGAGUAUAUAUAGUAAUAUCAUAUGUGAUUAAACAUCAAGCUGGUCCAUCCGCAGUGUUGUCUGUUAUAAUAGCAGGUGUUGCAGCGUUGUUAUCUGGUUUCUGUUAUUCAGAAUUCACCACACGUCUCCCGCAAGCCGGGUCAUCUUAUGUUUUUGUAUAUGCCUCCUUGGGUGAGCUGUCCGCCUUUGUGAUUGGCUGGAGUAUGAUACUAGAGAACAUUGUCUUAGCUGCAGUAACUGCUAAAGCAUGGGGUCAAUAUUUUGAUGGUUUACUAAAUGGUACAGUACAAAGUUACACCUGUGAUCAUUUACAAUGGAAGGGAGAUGAAUUUUUGACCGACUGUCCAGAUAUAUUACCAUGUGGUAUCUUGUUUAUAACUUCACUCCUGUUCGUAUGUAACGCAAAGGCGUCCACACUGUUAUCGUUUAUCCUUACUACAAUGAAUGGCCUAGUCGUUAUUUGUAUUAUAUGUGUUGGUAUCUUCCAUGUUCGUCAUGAGAAUUGGACGGACCCACCAGGCUUCUUUCCUUUUGGUUUGACAGGGAUAAUAGCCGGUGCUGGAACACUUUUCUGUAUUUUUACUGGAAUAGACUCCAUGUGUUCAUCGAGCGAAGAGACAAGAGAACCAAUUAAAACUGUUCCACGUGCAAUCAUAACUUCCAACAUUCUGACGUUCGUUAUAAUAUUAUGUGUGACGUUGGCUGUCACAUUGUCAUAUCCCUGGUAUAAUUUACAAGACAGUAUUGCUAUACCUACUGCUUAUCAAGAUAAAGGAGUAAAUGGAUCGUUUUAUGUGUUUGCGAUUGGUGGAUUAUUAGGAUUAACCGCUGCCCUGAUUAGCAGUAUACAUGGAAUACCAAGGUUGCUUUUUUCUAUGAAAAUGGACCGUUUAUUAUAUCCGUGCUGCUUACUCGAUCCCGACACUGGAGGCGUGUUUAAACUAACUAUAUUUCCUCUGUUGAUAGCCUGUGUAUUGUCAAUGUUUGUUACAUUGAAUAUGUUAAUUCAAAUGUUAGCAUUGGGAUCAUUGAUUUCAUACACGUGUGUAGCAGUAUGUGUUUUACAUGUACGUUAUCAACCAAUACACGUUGGGCUUUUCCAGGAAUAUGACGACUUAAAUGAAGAUAAAUAUUUUCAGAGCACAGAACUUGUAUAUCCACUUUUAUUUAAUUCAAAAAACAAUAACGGCUUGAGUAAAACUUUCAUUGAGAAAUCCGAAAUUGGAUUUUACAACCGAUUGUCAAACGAUCCAAAAAAUCAGUUGAUUAUGCCCGACAAACCACGUGAUAGCACGUAUCACAAAAUGGAUAGUGUAAUUAACGACACACCAAGUGGAAGUCAGAGUAGUCUGUUUCAAAUUCCUCCAGGAGUUGCCAUAGAACCAUCAAAUGCAACGUCAAUGACGUCAUCAAUAGCACUUAUUGUCUUCAUUAUAGCAACAACUGUUUUUUCCUUCAUAGUAAUAUUUGCUAGUAACUCAUUGUUUACUGGUUCGUGGUGGGCGACUGCUUGCUUUUUAAUUUCUGUGAUAACAUUAAUUGUAACAACUAUUGUCAUUGUUAAGCAGCCGCAAAAUCCAACCAGUUUACUGUUUAAAACUCCAUAUGUGCCGUUUGUGCCGUUGCUAGUGAUUUUUAUAAAUAUGUUAAUGAUGUCAUCACUAUCAUAUAAAGCUUGGUUACGAUUCAGUAUUUGGCUUUUUCUUGGAUUAAUUGUUUAUUUUAUAUAUGGAAUACGACACAGCACAGAAAUUGAAAUCGACGAUCAAGAAGUCGUACUUUAUGAAAUAACUGACCAAGAAAGGACACCAAUUAAGUGAAAAGAAGUUGUUGGGUUCUACGUUUAUAAGCUGAGAGAGAACAAAGGAUCACAGUAUAAGAAGAACACCGUUUAAAUUUAUUCUGAAAUAUCCAAAACAAGCUAUGAUACCUUAGCCGAAAGACUAUAUGAAUUAUGAUUAUCAUAAAUUGAACUCAUGUUUAUUUUAUUACAAUUACAGUAUGAAUUAGAUUGAGCAAAUGAAUUCAAAUAAACAACAUUAAUUGGGAGCAUGUUUGUUUGAAUAUUUGAAUAAACAAUAAAAAAUCAUGAAUAACUUGA